GUAACAGUGAACAGUCGUGACUGGUGGGUCAAUCCUGGCACAGUUGCCGAUUCAUAACCGCAAACAAUUUAAUCCACUGUCAGAGACAAAAUGCUGAGGUUCAUAGCAUUUAUAUUUUUCACCACUGUCGUGGCUUCAAUAAAUUCCAACAAACUGGAAUUGGAAAAAUAUCACAGCUAUGAGGAAAUGACAAGUUUUCUGAACAAUUUUGCUGGUCUAAACCAUAACUUGGUUAAGCUCUACACAAUUGGACGCUCUUAUCAAGACAGAGAACUUUGGGUUCUUGAGAUAACAGGAGUGAAGGAAAAGUUCUUAAGACCCAAUGUGAAGCUGAUAGGAAAUAUCCAUGGGAAUGAACCAGUGGCUGGAGAAAUGUUGCUUCAUUUUGCUGAAUUUUUGGUAGACCAGUACUUGGUCGGAGAAAGGAGGGUUCAAGAACUCCUCGACUAUGCCCGGGUGCACAUUUUGUUCAGCAUGAACCCUGAUGGCUUGGCUAUUGCACUAAACCAAAGUAUUCCUGGUGAGCACAGGAGUUGUACUUACGGACCUGGGAGAAACAACUUGAUGGAUUUCAAUCUCAAUCGAAAUUUUCCUGAUCAUUUCCGUCCGAAUGGCCAGUCUCUACAGUUGGAGACGAAGGCAGUGAUGAAGUGGAUGAAAGACUUUCCGUUUGUCUUGUCAGCUUCACUUCACGCAGGCUCUCUGGUGGCUAAUUACCCUUACGACAACUACGCAUAUAACAUCUGGGAAGAAUUUUUUAAUACUUUCAACACCUUGGAUCUUUCUCAAGAAGAGGUCUUCAAGCUGUGGAAAAAAUGGCGUCCCGGAGAGCAACUAACGCAUGAGCAGAGUUUGACUCCGGAUGAUGAUGUUUUCAAACACUUGGCACGUGUGUACGCUCAAAAGCACCCAACAAUGCACAAGGGUCGAGCCUGCCCUGGAACUAAGGUUGUGUUUCCGGGCGGGAUUACAAAUGGAGCUGCAUGGUAUCCUCUUACAGGAGGGAUGCAAGAUUACAACUACCAGGAACACGGCUGCAUGGAGAUAACACUAGAGAUAUCAUGCUGUAAGUUCCCAAAGGCCUCGGAACUUCCAAAGUAUUGGAAUGACAAUAGAGAGCCUCUCUUAUCUCUAUUGGAAGAAGUACGAAGAGGAAUCAGAGGAGUGAUUGUAGAUGAGGAAGGCGUUGGAGUCAGAAACGCAACACUCUACAUCCUCGGACGAGAAGAUGCUCGCUUUUACACUUCAGAGAAAGGAGAAUUCUGGAGGAUUCUUCGUCCAAAUGUUUACUUUCUUCAUGUGACUGCAACUGGGUAUCAAAACCAAACAAUACCCAUCAACGUAAGACAGCCAGAAGAUGGUCAAUGGCCGCAGUUUAUCAACAUCACGCUGCUUCGUACCGGAUCUUCACAGGUUUUACCGAACGGACCAAGAUGGACAAACGCAUCGCUCAACGGAAUGGACACAAAACAAUUGAACACUGAGAUCCCAGUAACAUCUACAGAGUUGGAAGAAUCGUCAACACUUGAGAACAACAGUUCAAUGGACUAUGUGGUUCAUUACAGAAUGCAAGUGCCAAGUAUUGCUUCAACACUUGCGACGUCUUGUCUUUGGAUCUUGGCUAUAUGUAUCGUAACUUGGUGAAAACAGUAAAUGACAGUAGUGUACAUGGAUUAUAAAGUGCUCAAUAGCACCCCAGAGAUAAUCUACUACAUUCAAUAAGCUGGACUGUAAAUAUGUAAAAAAUAAUGUAAAAUUUUUAAAAAUCAACUGUAAAUAUAUAUAA